UCUUUAUCAAUCAUAACAUCAUUCAAGUGUAACAUCUGCUAAGCUAAGAUGCGGUUAAUUGUGGUGUUAAUAGUUUUACUUCAAUUGAAAGAAUAUGAACAACAUCCAACUUCAUAUUCGAGAAAUUAUGAAUCAAGACGACAACGUUCCAUCCCACCAGGAUACUAUGGAAACACACCUCAAAAUCAAUACGGAUCAGUCCAACAACUGCCUCCAUUUAAUAACUAUCAAGGUCCCCAACAAAGUCCAGUGCCAUUAUCCCAACAAGAUUUAACAAGACCAAAUGUUCAUUAUCUACCACCAUCCCAAGCUCAAAGACAAGUCAAAUUACCUGAAAAUAUUGAUGGAUAUCAAUUGGUGUCAAGUGGAUAUCCUUCGGGAUCAGAUAAUAAUCAAGGACAACCUACUACACAACAAAUCCCACAGAAUUUUCAAGGAAUUUCUCAACUACCAUCGAGCAAUCAAGCUCCUUUUCAAAAUAAUUACCAAAUUCCUCCAAAUUACUACGAAAAUUCACCAGUCACAAAUAUUCAACCUCAAUCUACUCCAAGUGAUAAUAAUCAGCCUCUAUUUCCUUACAACUUUAGACAACAAAAUCAAUACCAAAUUCCUCCACAAAAUUUUUACCAGUUACCACAGCAGCAAAAUUUCCCUACCGAACUAACAUCAAUUCCUUCGCAAAAUAUUAACCCAUUUGGCGGAGUAAGUCCUUCAGGUGAUCUUAGCUCAAAAGUAAAUAAUCUUCCACAGAAUACUUUGCCGUAUUUCCCACAAAACCUUCCACAACCUAACUUACAAAAUGGUCCUCAAGCUCCUCAACAAUAUGGUCCAUAUCAACCAUAUACCGUUAAUCCAAUUUCACCAGAUAUUCUGCCAUAUUUAAACCAACUUAACAAUCCCCAAAAUGGACAGAAUCAGCUAAAUGUUCCUCAAAAUAGCCAAUAUCUUUCAAAUCAACAAAAUGGCCCCCAAAAUGGCCAGUAUCUUCCAAAUCAAUUGAACAUCCCCCAAAACGGACCGUACCUUCCGAAUCAAUUGAAUUUCCCUCAAAAUGCACAGUAUUUCCCCAAUAUUUUUCCAGCUUAUGGCCCCCAGCAAACAGCAAAACAAUUUGAUAAUUUUCAAGGUGGCGCCAUCACAGCCCAGCCAGGACAGGGAAACUUUUUCAAUGAUGCUUUCUUCCAAUUAUCAAAACAACAACCACAGGCUGGACCACAAAUCAACAAGGAGGGCUAUCAAGUUGUCAACGAGCUAACAUACAAUCAAAAUGGUAUUUAUUCUCAGCCACAACAAACAAAUGCUCAAAUAAACGAUGAAGGUUUUCAGGUCGUUAACGAGGCUCCAAUAACUCAUUAUGUUUCGAUGGGUCAACCAAACACUAAAAUCAUAAACCUCAAACAACAAAUCCAAACUUUCAACCCUCCUAAAAACCUAUCUCCAAAUAGUUACGGUUAUAAUGAUCAAGUAAAUAACAAUGGAAAUAUUCUAAUUCAAUCCAAACAACCGCAAACGAUAUCAAAUUCAGCACAAAAGCAGCAACCAGAAGUUAGUGAUCUCGAGCCAAAAACAAAAGAAACAUCACAAAAGAAGACACAAUCACCGGAUGCAGAGGGCGCUAAAUGCAGUAAAGAUUCUCAGCAUAAUGAUAGUUGUGCAUGUGAUUUAUGUAAUCCAUAAAAGAGAAAAACCACUCAAAAAUUUCGAAAUAUUUUAUUUACAAUUCUUCAAUCGAAUGUUGAAUUAUUAAAUAAAACCUUAUUUCGGACUUACAUGAGUACAUCAUUGGAAAAUAA